AGAGCGUGGGAACCCACGUGCGGUUCCUUUCCGCGGAUAGCUUGCGUGUGACCAAGGUCCAGGCGGCCAUGAACAAACAGCACACCGAGUUCCCUACUAUCGCGACCGACUACUUCUUGAAGCAGGAUCCACUCCCGCUUUCGCCAGCCGACGCGAAGAUCAAGGCGGCCAAGAAGGAUGAAUUGUACCAGGAAGCGGCCAAGUUGUACUCGUACUUCUCACAGCAGGCGUUGGAGAAGCAGACGCAGAACGAGAGAGAAAAGGUCAGAAAGGCCACCGUCAGCUUGAACAAGGAGCAGAAGAAACAGUUCAAGAACCAGGCGUACGAGUUCCCCAACCUCGUAGCGACCCCAGCUAGUGAGGAAUUCUCCCCCCAGGAGUUGUACCUCAGAAACUUGUACUUCAAGCGCAACUCUGCGAAUUUGGGCGCCGAAUUGGAAAAUGUCUACAACCCGAAUGACGAUGCCUACAGGGCCAAAAGCCUCCAGGAGACGUCUAUAGCCUCUUUAAUGGCGGCCGGUGCCCACUUGGGCCACGUUGCAUCCUUGUGGUCCGUGCACACCCAGCCGUUCAUCUACGGCCGCCACAAAGACUUGAUGAUCAUUGAUCUCAACCAGACCUUGACCUAUUUGAAGCGUGCCUGUAAAGUUGUGGAGGGUAUUGCCGAGAAGGGUGGUGUGAUUGUGUACGUUGGGACGCGUGACGGGCAGAAGAAGUCGCUUGAAUUGGCGGCCAAGAGGUCCAACGGCUACUACGUUGCCAAGAGAUGGAUCCCGGGUACCAUCACCAACUGUAUCGAGAUUUCCGGCAGAUGGGAGCGCUGCGAGGUGGAUAUGGCCGAUAAGCCGACCGCCAGAUCAUUGGACGAGGUGGAAAAGUCGCGCUUGAUCAAGCCGGACUUGGUAAUUGUGUUGAACCCGGAGGAGAACAUGCCGUGUUUGACUGAGACCUUGUUGAGCAAGGUGCCAUCGAUCUGUGUGAUUGAUACGGACAUGGACCCGCGUAUGUGUACGUACCCUAUCCCAGCCAACGACGACUCCGUCAGAUGCACGGACUUGAUCGUGGGGGUCUUGUCCAGAGCCGCGCAGAACGGUGUGCAGAAGAGAUUGGCGGCCGUGACGGAGUAUAAGGAGGGGUUGGAAGCGGCUGCGAACUAGCCAGCGAGCAUGCGAGGAGGCAGGAGCUUGCGAGCUCUUGGGGUGGUACGGUGUCUGCCGAUAGAUGCCGGCUGCCCACACAUUCAC